UCAUAGAUCAGGGCCCUUAUUCUGUAUGAUAGUGUAAACGCGUAACGCGGCCGUGUCAUGUUAUCUUCGAGAAAUGUGCGUGGAAUGGUAUUCUGUAAGCCAAAUUUCUUUAGUACUAAACAUGACGCGUUGUGUUACGUGCUAGUUACGCACUGUCAAAAUAACGUGCGCACAUUUGCGUGUUCACAUUUCUCGAAGAUUACAUGACACGGUUGUGUUACGCGUUUACACUAUCAUACAGAAUAAGGGCCCUGUGGAUUUUCUAUAAAAUAAUAUCAGGUAUUAAAAACUUCUUACCAAAAUGAAAUCAAUAAUCGACUUUGGAUUUACUGACACGAAAAAAUAAUAUUGAUACGACCAAAGGACACGACUGACAUCAAUCAUGGUCAGAUUGGGUCAGAUAUAGAAACAAAUAAUUCAUGACUAGUUUAUGAGUCUCGGUUUCCGUAUAAUAAUAUACGUUUUAAUGUUCCCAAUGGGAAACUAAAUUUUUAGUUACAUAGUCUCAUACUCCAUCAAGAUGUCCUACGAAUUCCACGUGGAUGCAAUGAAAAGAUCCCUCCGACGCAAUAGAUGGUGGUAUCAAGCUAACAUAAUGAAAGUGCUGCAGGAUUGUAAAGAAAAAGGAGUGAGAGACAUUGAGACAUCAGUUGCACUUGCCGAGCAAUUGUUUGCGAUAUUAGAGCAGCCUGUAGCUAAAGCCACUCCAGUACCAUCGCACGAUCUAGAGCCCUUCGAAAAGGACGACUUGAUGAAACCCGUCGAACCUGAAGUGUUGAACUUACUAUACGGGAGUACAGAUAAAGGGGCCGCUGAGAUAUACUUUAAGGCUAGGACCAAAAAGGCGCCGGAGGAUAAGUACUAUUUCCGAAUCGCAACGAAUUGGGACUACGGCUGGCAACAGAAGCAGUCGCGGCAGCGUGCGCGCGACGUCAACAGAGGGCGCUGCGCCAUCCUGCGGGACACGUUCUACCGGAAGAACAACCUCGCGCCAGACCCGCAGCACUACAGCCAGCCCGCUGGCGGAGAAAUAUCUAUCUGCAGCGAGUACUCUUGCAGCUUCAACUGAGGUCUGUGACUUGUAGUUACUACGCUGCUGGUAAAUUUAUUGAACCACAUUGGUGCUAUUUCCCGGUAAUGUUUAUUGAAACGGAAUUUUUAUAUUUAAUAGUAGCGUGAUCUAUUAGAAAUUAAAACUGGAUAUGUAUCAACAGAGUAAAUGACUACACAAUAUAUUGCAAAAACAUAUAUUUUAUAAUUUUAUUAUUUACAAUAAUUCAACUUUUAUGUACAUAUUAACAACAGCAAAUGUAAUCCUUGUCUUAAGGCCACAUCUGUCUGUUCCAAAGGGAAUUAAUAUGUGGUACAUCAACAGUUAUCAUUUCCAGAUUGUAAGGAAAUCAUUAUUCCAAUGGACGAUUUCACCGCAACCUCGUAGGGUACCAUUCGAUGCCUACACUAAAAUAUAAAAAUAAUAUGAACAUGGAAACUCUGUAACAACUAUUGUGACAAACUAACGAAAUACGUCCAUUGAAAUGCGAAGACGGAACGAUAAAUACUCAAAAUGCUAACUAACCACAUGGUCAACAACAUUCGCUCUCCCAACAAAUCACUAAAGAGAAAAUAAACACUACAAAAUAAUAAAUAUGA